AUGAGAUCAACUCAACCAAACCGUACCACCAGCCCCUAUGGGCUCGAAUCAAGCUGGUCGCACACCCUGACGCCGCUGAACCGCGCAGUCAAAGGCCGUCUCGAAACCGAAGCCGCCGACCUCGCCGUCUUCGGAGAGAUCCCGAGACAGCUGAGCGGCACCUUCUACCGCAUCCUGGUCGACCCCUUCUACCCUCCGCCGGAAGACAACCCGCCGAUCGAGGGCGACGGCAACGUCUGCGCGUUCCGGAUCGAAGACGGCCGCGUCGACAUGAAGAUCCGAUACGUCGACACGGAGAGGUUGCGUCUCGAGCGGCACGCCAAGAAGCGCCUCUUCGGCCUGUACCGCAACCCCUUCUCCCACCACCCGUGCGUCAGGGCCGCUGUCGAUUCCACGGCGAACACGAGCCUGGUGUUCUGGGCGGGGAAGUUGUUGGCGCUGAAGGAGUCAGCGUUGCCCUACGAGAUUGAUGUCGAUACCCUCGAGACGUUGGGGUAUGACCCUUUCAAGUCGCCGGGCAUGACGUUCUCCGCGCAUCCCAAAGCCGAUCCAUAUACCGACGAGCUUGUCGUCUUUGGGUAUGAAGCCAAAGGGCUGUGUACCGAUGACAUUGUCAUCUACGCACUGGAUAAAGAGGGCAAAGUCCACGACGAGCAGUGGGUCAAAUCGCCGUGGUUGGCUUUCAUUCACGAUUCCGCUCUCACGGAAAACUUCAUCGUUCUGGUCCUCUGGCCUUACGACGCCGACGAAGACAAAAUGAAGGCUGGAGGGCAUCACUGGACAUACAGCAGGGACCGACCCGCCACCUUUGUGGUCGUACCUCGACGCAAGUCCGGCCAGCUGCCGGCUGGUUGGAAGCCCGGCGAAUAUCGAGUAUACGAAUGGGAGCACGCCAUGCUUCUGCACACAGCGGGUGCCUGGGAAGAGAAGACGGAAGACGGGACCACUACGAUCUACCUCGAGUCCUCGAGGAUGAUGUACAACCCCUUCCCCAUGUUCGACCCCCACGCAACGGGUGAGAACCCAUUCGGCGACAUGAAAGCCGACUACGUCCGCUGGAGUAUCGACCUCGGCCAGCCCAGCGGCACAAAGAUCCCAGAUCCAACCGUCAUCGUCGACAUGCCUGGAGAGUUUGCGCGCAUAGACGAGCGCCUGCAGACGCGUCCUUACGACCGCAUCAUCCUACCCGUCGUGAUUCCCAGCAAGAUGUCGCCGGUUCCGCCAUUGAUACCGGUCGGGUUGAACGGAUACAUGUUUGUCGAUAAGAAGAGUGGCAAUAACGUUCUCUUCGACCCCGGGCCGAACUGCACCGUGGAGGAACCCAUCUUUGUGCCGCGGUCGAACGACGCUCCGGAGGGUGACGGUUGGGUGCUCGGAAUGGUGCAGCAUCUGGACGAGGAUAGAAGCGAACUGGUCGUGUUGGAUACAGCUGCGUUCGACAGGCCUGUUGCGGUGGUUCAGCUGCCGUUCAGGACCAAGGGACAAGUUCACGGGAAUUGGGUCGAGGGUGGACCGGGGAUGAAGAGUUUGGUGAGGACUUACAGCAAGAUCCAACCCAGCGGACUCGGCUUAUUGCCAUGA